AAAACAUCACACACCCCUUUGCAAUUCUGGCAACUGGAAUUAGACUUGAGAGUAAAGAGAAGUCUCUCGGAGUGAGGGAAGUGGACAGAAACAUGGAGGACAGCCACACUUGGGAUGAUGAGCUCAUUUUCUUUGUUAACGGGAAGAAGGUGGUGGAGAUAAACCCAGAUCCUGACAUGACAUUACUCACCUACCUGAGGACAAAAGUGGGCCUCCAGGGAACCAAGCUGGGUUGUGCUGAAGGCGGUUGUGGAGCGUGCACAGUAAUGUUGUCUCAAUAUCAAGCACACACGCAACAGCUACUUCAUUAUGCCAUCAACGCCUGCCUGGCCCCCAUCUGUUCCUUGCACCUGACUGCUGUGACCACAGUGGAAGGAAUUGGCAGUGUUGCUCGACAACUGCAUCCUGUGCAGGAGAGAAUAGCGAAGGCUCACGGCUCGCAGUGCGGCUUCUGCACGCCAGGUAUUGUCAUGUCCAUGUACGCGCUGCUCAGAUGCAAGCCCACACCACACAUGGCUGACAUGGAGGAGGCCUUCCAAGGAAACCUUUGUCGCUGUACUGGAUAUCGACCCAUCCUGGAGGCCUAUAAGACUUUUACUGUGGAGGGAGGAUGCUGUGGGAGGAGGGAUCAGAACAAUGGCUGCUGCAUGGCCAAUCAGGAAGUAGAUGAUGAGAAGCCGUCCUCCAUGCUGUUCAACACCGCUGGCUUUGCACCGCUUGACCCCACGCAGGAGGUCAUCUUUCCACCAGAGCUGAUGGCUCUCAGCAAAAAUCAGAAGACAUGUUCACUGCGCUUCCAAAGCGAGAGGACAGUGUGGCUGCAGCCUGACAACCUGGACACGUUUGUGCAUCUGAAAUGGAAACAUCCCGAAGCCCGAGUGGUGGUAGGAAACACUGAAGUGGGUAUAGAAGUAAAGUUCAAGAACAUAUUGUAUCCAGUCAUUCUGGCGCCAGCAUUCAUCCCCGAGCUCCACAGAGUGGAACACACCAGUGAUGGUAUUGUGUUUGGUGCGGCCUGCACUCUCAGCCAAAUGGAAUCGGUGCUAAAACAGGCCGUAGCCACGCUUCCUCCUCACCAGACUGAAGUCUUCCUCGCCCUGCUGGAGCAGCUGCGCUGGUUUGCCGGUCUGCAGAUACGCAACGUUGCAGCCAUUGGUGGUAACAUCAUGACUGCCAGCCCCAUAUCAGACCUUAAUCCAGUUUUUAUGGUGGCCAGCUGUAAACUCACAUUGAUUGACAAAGAUGGAAGUCGCGUGGUUCAGAUGGACGACCGCUUCUUUGUAGGAUACAGAAGGACACUGCUGAGACCACAAGAAGUCCUGCUCUCCAUAGAAGUCCCCUACAGCACCAGGAAUCAGUUUGUCUCAGCCUUCAAACAAUCGCCUCGCCGAGAGGACGACAUCAGCGUCGUCACGGCGGCCAUGAGUGUCACCUUCACACCUGGCACCUGCGUGGUGGAGGACUUGAAGCUGAGCUACGGCGGCAUGGCGGAGACCACGGUGCUGGCUACAAACACAGCAGGCAAACUCCUUGGAAGGUGCUGGGGGGAGGAGUUGUUGGACGACGCGUCCUCCUUAUUGGCAGAGGAGUUGACCCUUCAUCCCUCUGUGCCAGGGGGGAUGGUUACGUAUCGGCAAACUCUGACCCUCAGCCUCUUCUACAAGUUCUACCUGACAGUGCUGCACAAACUCCGAGGGCAGGGUUUGAACGUGGAGACACUCCCAUCUGACCUCCUUAGUGCCACAGAGCUUUACCACCCAGAGACGCCAUCUAGCGUCCAGAUCUACCAGGAGGUCCCAAAAGGUCAGAGCCAAGACGACGUGCUGGGCCGUGCCGUGAUGCACCUCUCUGCCUUGAAGCAGGCGACGGGCGAGGCGGUGUACUGUGACGACAUGCCGCUGUUUGAGCAGGAGUUGUACCUGGCACUCAUCACCAGCAGCAAGGCACACGCUCGCAUCCUCUCCAUUGACUCGUCAGCAGCUGAACAAUCUGCUGGCUUUGUCUGCUGUGUCUUUGCUGGUGACAUACCUGGCAGCAACACCUGUGGGUCAAUUGUGCCCGAUGAGACCGUCUUUGCUGACCGCCAGGUUACAUGUGUGGGUCACAUCAUCGGCGCUGUGGUGGCCGACACUCAGCUUCAUGCCCAGCGAGCCGCCAAAGCCAUCAAGAUCCACUACGAGGAGCUGCAGCCUAUCGUCACCAUACAGGAAGCAAUUGCUGCCCAAUCCUUCUAUCAGCAAAACAGAACUAUCCAGACGGGAGACCUGGAGGCUGGCUUUAAACAGGCAGACCAUGUUCUGGAAGGUGAGAUGCACAUCGGUGGCCAAGAACAUUUCUACCUGGAGACCCACGCGGCAGUGGCUGUCCCACGGGGGGAAGAUGAUGAAAUGGAGAUCUUUGUCUCCACUCAGGCUCCCACUCACACGCAGUUCCUGGUGGCCAAAGCUUUGGGCAUCCCUGCCAACAGGGUGGCAGUCCGUGUGAAAAGGAUGGGUGGAGGCUUUGGGGGGAAAGAGAGUCGCUCCACCUUACUUUCUACUGUGGUGGCCGUGGCAGCGCACAAGCUGCAGCGGCCUGUCAGGUGCAUGUUGGACAGAGAUGAAGACAUGCUGAUCACUGGAGGAAGACAUCCAUUCUAUGGAAAAUACAAGGUGGGCUUCCUCAAAAGCGGGAAGAUUGUAGCUCUGGAUGUGUCGUACUACAGUAAUGCUGGAAACUCCCUUGACCUCUCUCUUUCAAUCAUGGAGCGCGCUCUGUUCCACAUGGAGAACUCCUACAGCAUUCCAAACGUCCGUGGUCGUGGCUUCUUGUGCCGCACCAACUUAUCAUCUAAUACUGCCUUCAGAGGAUUUGGAGGUCCCCAAGGCAUGCUGGUCGCUGAGAGCUGGAUAACAGACGUGGCUCAGAGCCUUGGCGUGCCGACUGACAAGGUUCGCAGAUUGAACCUGUACAAAGAAGGUGACUCGACCCCUUACAACCAGGUCCUGGAACAGAUCACAUUGGACCGCUGCUGGGACGAGUGCCUUUCCCGUUCAGGAUAUCAGGAGCGGCGAGCUGCUGUUGAGCUCUACAACAAACAGAAUCGAUGGACAAAACGAGGCCUUGCCAUCGUACCAACCAAGUUUGGCAUCAGCUUUACCGCUUUAUUCCUUAACCAGGCUGGAGCACUGGUCCACAUUUACACAGAUGGCUCGGUGCUGCUGACCCAUGGUGGGACAGAAAUGGGACAAGGACUCCACACAAAAAUGGUCCAGGUUGCCAGCCGGGUUCUCGGCGUGCUCCACUCAAAGAUCCACAUAACAGAGACCAGCACUAAUACAGUCCCUAACACAAGUGCCACUGCUGCCUCAGCGUCCUCGGACCUCAAUGGAGCUGCUGUGAAAAAUGCCUGCCAGAUACUUAAAGAGCGUCUAGACCCCUACAAAAGCAAAAAUCCUCAAGGAUCAUGGGAAGACUGGGUGAAAGCAGCGUAUUUUGACCGAGUUAGCCUGAGUGCCAACGGCUUUUACAAGACUCCAGAUCUAGGAUAUGACUUUGACACCAAUUCUGGCCGAGUGUUCAACUACUUCAGCUACGGCGUGGCCUGUUCUGAAGUGGAGGUUGAUUGUUUGACUGGAGCUCACAAGAACCUGAGCUCGACCAUAGUGAUGGACGUUGGUGUUAGCCUCAACCCAGCGAUCGACAUCGGGCAGGUUGAGGGGGCUUUCAUGCAGGGUGUGGGACUGUUCACCCUGGAGGAGCUUCACUAUUCUCCAGACGGAGUCCUACUCACUCGGGGUCCAGGUUCUUACAAGAUCCCGGCCUUUGGUGACAUUCCAACCCAUCUGACUGUGUCGCUGCUUCGUGACGCACCCAACGACAAGGCCAUCUUUGCCUCCAAGGCUGUGGGCGAACCUCCUUUGUUCCUUGCGUCAUCCGUUUUCUUCGCCAUCAAAGACGCCAUAAUUGCAGCACGGGCUCAGUCGGGCAUCACUGGCCCCUUCAGGCUGGACAGCCCCGCCUCUGCAGAGCGCAUUCGAAAUGCCUGCAGCGACCGCUUCACCAAACUGAAUCCUUCAGCAAAGCCUGGAACCUUCCGCCCUUGGUCUGUCCAAGUCUAGUUGUGGCCUCCAAAACCAGAUGGACAAACACACUUCGAGAACAAAACAAGUUUGUCGACACAAGAAUAUUGUCAAAUGUCCAUAAAGAAGUUAUUUUGAAAGUAGAACUGAUCCAGGGUGCACUGCAAAAAGUGAAAUCUAACUAAGGUGAAAUAUGUCAAAUAAGGCUGAUAUUUGCUUAUUUUCUGUCUCAUAAGAUCAUUCUUCUCACUAAACAGAUUUGAUGUUAGAGUGUUUUACUUGUUUUAAGUGUUUUGCUCCUAAAUGAUCUCAGUAAGACAUUAAAGCUUGUUGCUGAGAUGUGAUGACCUAUAUUGAGUAAAACAUGCUUGAAAGUAGAAUAUCAAGUGUUGCAAAGCUGUGUCAUCAACACUCACAAGUAGAAAACUACUUUUUUAAAGUACCGUAUUUUUCGGAGUAUAAGUCGCACCGGCCGAAAAUGCAUAAUAAAGAAGGAAAAAAACAUAUAUAAGUAUAAGUGGAGUAUAAGUCGCAUUUUUUGGGGAAAGUUAUUUGAUAAAAAUGAACAGCAAGAAUAGACAUUUGAAAGGCAAUUUAAAAUAAUCAAUCAAUCAAUCAAUCAAUCAAUGUCAAUCACAAGUGUCUCAAAUGGCUGCACAAGCCACAACGACAUCCUCGGUACAAAGCCCACAUAAGGGCAAGGAAAAACUCACCCCAGUGGGACGUCGAUGUGAAUGACUAUGAGAAACCUUGGAGAGGACCGCAUAUGUGGGUAACCCCCCCCCCCCUCUAGG